GUGGUGGCCUCGUUCUAUAUAUGAAACCGUUGCAGAGCACAGGAGGAGGGACUCGAAUUUUCUCAACCCACCCACCACAUACACACAACUCACACACUUUCUCUGCGUGCAAGCCAAACCAAUAUCCAACCUCAUCGAUCAUCUCCCUUCUUGUACGGGAUCAAAACCCCAUCUCUCUCUCUCUCUCUCUCUCUCUCUCUCACUCUCUAGAUUGGGUUUGUUUUGUUAUAUAUUGGAUUGGAGAGGUAGGGUGGUGACUUGAGCUUCUCUAUUACCUCACUCUGCCUGUGAAUCAUCUCUCUGCCUAUACCAAAAACUCUCUCUCUACUCUUCAAUAUCCCUCUCUCUCUCUCUCUCUCUCUCUCUCUCUCUCUCUCUCUCUCUCUCUAAAAAAACAGUGUUUUUCUUGCAAAUCGAGGAGUGUUUGAUUGAUUGCAUGAACUGAUGGAUCCGGCAAGUGGACAACAACAACACCAGGAAAUGUCAGCUCAAUCACUGGACAUGCUGGUCUGCUCAAAAUCCCAACAGCAGCAGCAAGACAGGAAGCCAAGGCCUCAGCCAGAACAAGCCCUAAAGUGUCCAAGAUGUGACUCCACAAACACAAAGUUCUGUUACUACAACAACUACAGCCUCUCUCAGCCCAGGUACUUCUGCAAGUCCUGCAGAAGGUACUGGACCAAAGGUGGCACCCUCAGGAAUGUUCCUGUGGGUGGAGGCUGCAGGAAGAACAAGAGAUCAUCGUCGGCGAAACGAGCUCAGGACCAACCGCUCACACCCAAUUCCAACCCACUCCCAGCCCUAGGUUAUGACUCAAAUGACCUCACCCUUGCAUUUGCCAGGCUCCAAAGGCAGCAGUCAUGUGGUGGGCAGUUAGGGUUUGAUGACCAUGACCACAUUUCUCUCUUGGGAAAUCCCACAAAUGCCCCUGAUCAUAACAUUCUUGGAAACCCUAAUUCAGCUCCUAGGUUUCUUGAUGCACUGAGGACUGGGUUUCUUGAGACCCACAAUGGUAAUUUCCAGAACUUGUAUAACUAUGGGUAUGGGAAUGGGAAUUUGGGUGAGGUGGACAAUUGUGGUGGCGGAAUGGGAAUCCACCACCCAUUUGAAGAAGGCACCACCAACUCAACCACCACAGCAGUGACAGUUACAACAAUGAAGCAAGAACAGUUCAAUGCCCAAAGUGAGAGCAGCAACAGAGUUCUGUGGGGGUUUCCAUGGCAGAUGAACGGUGGAGAUCAUCAUUCAAACAUGGUGGGGAAUAGUAAUCAUGAGUAUGAUUCAGGAAGAGAGAGCUGGAAUGGGAUUGCUUCAUCUUGGCAGCAUGGACUUCUGCACACUACUCCCCUCGUGUAAUAAAAACGCUUGAGCAGCUAGGUUUUUUAAUUUAGUGUGUUGGUGAUCACCAAGAAACAAAAACUAUGAGAAAAGCAUAAGUUUUAAUUUAAUUUGUUCACUUAAUUAUCAGACUUAAAUGUCAGUUUUAGUGCUUCUACGCUUUGUACUAAUUAGUUAUAACUUAUAUAUCUUUUGUAUUUCCAUCUACCUUUUAUUGGUUCGUAAACUAAAGAAAUCUCAUGUUUGCAAGUGA